AUGAAGUGGGCGUCCAUUUUAUUAACUAUUGUGUUACUGCUCACUGGUGAGUGUGAAGCCUCUGAUGAACGCUCAGACGUUGGACACGAUGAGGAUGUGCACCCCAACACCCUCACAGAAACAAACGGGGAUGUGCUGGACAUGAUUAUCCAAACCAGCCGGGAUGUACUAGACACAAACGUUGAAACAAUUUGGGACAUAAACAACGACAACUAUGAGGACACUGACUGGCAUCCUCCUGCCUCCCUCCUGGAAACACACUCUGAUCUAUCCCCAGACACCCAGUCGGUGAUAGACAGCAGAAACACUGUUAACACCAACCAUACCUUCAACCGGAUUAUUGAUAGUUCAUCAGCACAGUGUGGCGAGUACAGCAGCCAUCUGACGUCUAGCGGCCAGUGCCGGCUGAUGGCAACACUGCCUCCAGUGCUGUUGCGUUCUCUGGAGUUUCGUCACGCCAAGACCGACACGCUGCUUUACGUGCAUGCAGCGCUGCUGUACGAGCUGCAGACGCAGCUGCACAACCUGUCAGCCGCUGUGCAGCGCAUGAGCAGUAACACGGGCUGCACGAUAAAAGUCCUCAGAACUACACCGCUGCUCAGCAUGCCAGACACACCAGAUGGACAGCACCUGUCUUUCUGUCCAUCCGACUGUGCAUCUCUGUAUAACAAUGGUGUUCGUCAUUCUGGUGUUUAUACCAUAAUCCUGUCACCAGGCGCCAUCCUGCCGGUCUACUGCGACAUGGAGACCGAGGGCGGGGGAUGGACGGUGUUUCAGAGGCGGCGCGACGGCUUGGUGAGUUUUAAUCGUGGCUGGUCUGAGUACCGCGACGGCUUUGGCGAGCCUAAAGAUGAACACUGGCUGGGGAACCAACAGCUCCACCUGCUGUCCAACCAGGAACACUACAGCCUCCGCAUCGACCUGCAGGACUGGAGCCACGCCCACAGACACGCCCUGUACCACAGCUUCAGGAUAGAGAAUGAGGAGAACCAGUACCGCCUCCAUGUGUCCGGUUUCAGUGGAACGGUGGAGGAUUCGUUUGGUUGGUACCACGACCAGCAUGGCUUCAGCACGCCAGACACCGGCAACCUCUGUGCCGAGAUCAGCCAUGCCGGCUGGUGGUUCCACCAAUGUUUCUACGCCAACCUCAACGGCGUCUACUACAAGGGGGGGCGCUACUCUCUGAAAGCUCAGAACUUGCUCGGGCCGGACGGCAUCGUCUGGUUCUCCUUGAAGGAAUCUGACUUCUACUCGCUGAAGGCGGUCACCAUGAUGAUACGACCACGCAACUUCAGGCCACGCUUGUCGCCAUAGUGAUGGAGCCAGUAAUACUCAAUAUGUAUUAAUUUGCUGCUGAAAAUAGUCCCCAAUUUAUGCACCAUUUCCACCUGUGUAAGUAACAUUUGAUCAAAACUAGUCUCCAGCGGUUCUAAGAAUUUACUGAGCCUUUAAAAAAUAAAACUAUCUUUUUGAGCCAUUUUCUAAUUUACACCGUCAGGAGGAUCCAAUGGAUAAAAUGGCAAUAAAUGGUGAAACAUAUCCAUCCCAGUUACUCAAAGUCCAAAGUGAUGUCUUUCAAUGUCGUCUUGUUUUUUGUCAGUCUAAAACCUAAAGAUAUUCACUUUAAUGAUACAAAACUGAGAAAAGCAGGAAAUCCCCAUAUUUA